UGGUGAGAAGAAGGAUUGGUGUAGAUUCAGUCUUGUUUUAAUCCAGUAACAUUAUCAAACAGCUAGUUACAACGGAAACCAUAAGAUGUAUGUGAGGUUGUGAGUAAGAGGAAGCAUGAGAUACGGCCGAUGAGUUCCUGGUCGUGGCAUCUUUAGGUAAAAUAUCAGUGGAGGCACUUUCAUCCAAUGGCGAAGCGUCGCCUGUUGUCGCUUUGCCACAAACAAGCUGUUCAGCCCAAAAUGAGUAGCGUCUCCGUCGCCUUUGACAAACGACACCAUUAGUAGCGAAGACGCAGGUGAAGGGCGAAGUGGUAGUGCUGGUGGUAAGAAAGAUGGCAGUCUUGGUAGAGCGGGCAGCGACGAACCUUCCAUCCGUAUCUUCCCUCGCUGUGAUAAAGGAUGCAGUGGACCGUAUUGGUGUGGUUUUGUUGCCUUCUCGUGGUCUCCCUGGCGGGAGAGCAGGCGAAAGAAGAGAAGAUGAAAGAAUCAGACCUUACCGGCAGAUUUAUUGCAAAAAUCAAAACGAGGACUCGACUUAUCUUCACCACUGACACUACAACAGUCCCUUACACUUGCGCCACCUUCAGCUCAGCCGUGUGUAGGCGCCGGCGAAGGUUCCAACGCCAGACGAUAGAAGAUCUCGAGGAAAAAUUAGACGACAGUCCAGUGGAGUUAUUCAGUGGGCAGGAGCUUCAUGACGUACCAGUUGAGGAGAAGAGAAAGGAGAAGCGUCUCGGUAUCACAAUUCUCGGCACCGUAACCACCACAACCUUCACACUCACAUCUACCUCCACCAACAGCGCCACCACCUUCUCAGUCUCCUACUUCUGCUCGGCGCCCAACGUUGUGUUCCCUCCAGGGUGUUAGUGACUGAGAGCGACUAUGCAAACAGGACAGGAAUCAAGAGACGGAAAGGAGCCAAGAGUUUUUUUUUUUUCAUAUUGCUGAAGGAUUUAUGUUCACGAAAGAUACCAAUAGGUGCGCUAUACACUGGCUACCAGAAACUCUGCGUAUAUUUAUGGUUUUAUCUACGUAAUAAUGAAAAUGGGUUAAAGAAAGAAAUGUACCUACAUUUUAUAAGGUUAAAAAUCUCAAUUUCCUUUUCAUGUGACUUUUAAAGCAUUUUUAACCAUGAUUAUCUUCUGCUAUCAUUCAGAAUAGUUGAAAACAUAUUACAUAGACAAAAUAAAGAGAAAUAAAUUAUUCGUUUCAGUUUCAUAGGCUACAUGAGUAUUCAUCUUGCUUCAGUGCAAAAAUAAGUGUGUGGAAAGUUGUAAGGGAUUAUGGAAAAAGAAAAUAUAGCAGUGAAAGAGUGAUGGUCUCAUUUGGACGAUAAGAAUGAAAUUAUAGAUGUUCUGAAUCUCUCUCUCUCUCUCUCUCUCUCUCUCUCUCUCUCUCUCUCUCUCUCUCUCUCUCUCUCUCUCUCUCUCUCUCUCUCUCUCUCUCUCUCUCUCUCUCUCUCCGUUCCUUAUUUGCCUCUUUAAUGCCAUAUAGUGCAUAAGUUGUUACUUAUAACGAGGGGUCACAUACUGUAAAAAACACAUAAUGUAUUCUCAUAAAUCAUGCAAAACUA